UAAUUUGGUUGGGUGGGGUUCCUCAAAAUUUUCCGGCGAGGUGUCACCUGCUUUAUUUUCCGACAAGGGAUUGCUUGCUUAAUUUUCCGGCAAGGAGUUGCUUAAUUAUCCAGAGAAGGGUCGUUUGCUUAAUUUUCCGGCAAGGGGCUGCUUAUUAAUCUGGAGAAGGGUUGCUUGCUUAAUUUUCCGGCGAGGUGCUGCUUUGCUUAAUUUUCCGGCGAGGUGCUGCUUUACUUAAUUUUCCGGCAAGGAGCUGCUUCCUUAAUUUACCGGCAAGGGGCUGCUUUAUUUAUCCAGAUUGGGGUUGUUUGAUUAAUUUUCCGGCAAGGAGAGGCUUAAUUUACCGGCGCGAGGCUGCUUGUUUGAUUUUUCCGGCAAGGGGCUGUUUAUUUAUCCAUAUUGGGGUUUCUUGCUUAAUUUACCGGCGGGGGGAGAAAUCAUAACUUCCGAUCGAAUUAAUGACAAAGCAAAUAGUGCUGCGUGCACCUUCAUCACUUUCAAUUGACCGGCGCCGGCAACCUCUUUUAUCGAACCAAGACACAUCAUCACGAGGUGGUGUUCGAAAAGCGCGAUUAGCAGAGGUUGCCGGCGGAACAGCGGCGGAAUGCGCCGCUGUUUGCUGUUGUUGCCCCUGUGGACUCGUUAACCUCCUCGUAAUGGCGGUUUACAAACUUCCGGCGGGACUUUGCCGGAAAGCAUUACGGAGAAAACGCCGACGCCGGCAAAUGAAGAAGAAAAUUCUACAAUCACAAUGCAGUAGCUGUGACGAUUCGGAACUUUCGAUUCACCCCAUCGACGGAGCCACCACACUUGCGGUGGUUGACGGCGGAAAUAGCUUAAAAUCCGAUAAAGAUGUGGUGGCGCUGGAGAAGGAAAUGUGGAGUAAAUUUUAUGGGGGUGGAUUUUGGAGAAGUCCCUCUCAAAAGAGUGACAUGUAAUAAUAAUAAAAAUAUGGUAAAUAAUUUGUAAAAAAAGAACAAAAAUAAAA